AUGGCAGCAAAAGCUCGAAAAAAAUUAUACAAAUCGGUCAUUUUAGAAAUCAGACCGCGUCUGCAGUCCGUUAAUGUCCUAAUUAAUUUAUUUAGCGGUAGCGAAAAUGUCGAAAUCACCCUGUCUGAAGACAGUUUUCAAAUCAUUGCUGACACACAAACAGAAACAAUUUGUUGCAAAAAUUUAAAAAUCGUUGCCAAUUCUCUCAGUUCUGUAGUGGUUACGGAGUCGUACGUCUCGUUUCGCUUUGCCACCGUGAAUAAUUUAGACGACUGGGGUAGUUUUAAAGCCGAGCUUUUACGAACGCUGCAAUCCACUCCAAAAACAAGCACCACUCGAGCCGCAUUUUUAACCAAAUCGGAAAUUUAUAACAUUCAGUGCAAAAAUUGUCUGCAGAAUUUAAGCGAUCGGGUGCAAUUCGAACGGAUUUUGCCACUUCCGUCGGAAAAUUCCGAACCCAACGACUGGUUUUGUCACGGUCAUUGCGAAAACAAAGUUUCGGUUUUGAGUCCUAAAGAGUUAGACGUGUUUUACACAACUUGUUACUGUCACUUGAAUAAAAAAGUUGUUGGGAAUUUUGUGGAGACUGACAAGUUGUUGGUUUGUAAAAGGUGCUUCAGCUGGUUGGGGCAGUUAAAGAGCGCCGAAGUGGUGAAGUUCUGGUUCAAUACGGUUGUGUUCAAAGACGGAGAUAAGUCUCAUUUCACGUCCCCUUUAGACGAUGUUUUUAUUUUAUUGGAAGAAAUGUUAAGUAGUGUUCUUUUCAAUAGUACAAAAGUUAUGUUGUGUUGCCAAAGUUCCACGAAACAGAAAGAUUUUAUUCUUUUAUGGGUUCUAGAAAAACAGCUGAGGGUACAGAUUUGUGAUGUUGGCGAUAUUAAAGACUGUAAAGUCGCUAAAGUUUUGUUUAGAUAUGAGAGCGAUUGCAGUGGCGUUGUGAAAACAUGGGAGGACGAUGCAAGUGUUGCGAGUGUGGAUGUAUCCAAACCGAUGGUCGUUGACCUUUUGAAGCAUCUCUAUAAGUUUAAUAAAAUUUUUCCAAAAGUGUUUAGUGAAUCCAAUAAUUUUUAUAUUUCUUAUUUGAUGAUGUAUGAAUAAAUAAUUUUUUACACA